GGUGACGUCACCCCGGCCCCGCCCCGGCCAUGCUCGCCGUCACUCCCUUGCCUCAGCUCGCACUGCUCCUGCUCCUGCCGGCGCCCGUCCCGCCCUCUGGGCCGGGACUGGUGGCCCUGACCCCGGUGACCCCGACGCCCACUACGGACGCCGCCGGCCCCGCACUGGCCGUGAACUUCGACCCAGCGACCUGGACGCUGACCUGGGCCUGCGAUGCCGGCGUCACGGUGACGUCAUGCACAGCCACGCCGGGGGCGGGCCGGAGGCUCCUGGCGCUGCCCCAGGGCUCAUGCUCCUGCCGGUUCAAGGUGAUGGUGCUGCACCACGGGGUCACGCUGGAGGUGGACGCCAAGAUCGCCGCCGCGGAGGGGGCUGAGUCGGCGGCUGCGGGAGGCGGGGCCACCGCACGGGGAAAGCUGAGGCUCGUCGAUGCUGGCGCGCUCGGCUCCGGCGCCGAAAACCUGACUUGCGAGAUCCGCGAGGCGCGCUUCCUGUGGUGCGCGUGGAGGGCGGGGCCGGCCGCAGCGGGGGACAUCGAGUAUGCGCUGACCGUGCGUGACCUCACGGGUCACGAGGUCGCGCGCUGCUCAGCCCCGCCCCCACGCUCGGGUCAUGACCCCGCGAGGCACUGCCAGGCCGAGGGCAUGGAGCUGCUGCAGGAGAGUCGUGCAUACGUCGCCGUGACCGGGCGGAGCCGGGCGGGGCCCACGCGCUUCCUGGACGCCAUGUUGGUGCUGAAGCGCAUCGAGCGGCUCGGCCCGCCCGUCAACGUCACGUCGUCCUGCGGCCCCGCCCACUGCAUGGUCUCCUGGGCCCCGCCCCCGACCUGGGCACCGAUGUCCGCCCCCGAUUUCCGGUUCGAGGUGGAGUGGAAGAGCUUGGAGCCUGGGAGCGAGGCCAGGAAGGCGCUCCUCCUGGAACAGACGCACUUCGCCAUCCCAGGCCCCGCCCCCCACGGUCGCCAUGAAGUCCGGGUCCGCGCGGGUGACGUGCGCACCGGGCGCUGGGGAGACUGGAGCCCCGCCAACACCUUUGGCUCCGAGGAGUCCCGAGUGCCCGCAGCCUUCACGUACGCAGCGUCCGCCUGCGCCGCCCUACUGUGUGCGCUGGGCCUCGGGGCGGCCUGCGGCAGGUGGCGGCGCCUCUUCCCGCCCGUGCCCCGGAUCAAGGACCGCGUGUCGGACGACGAGCGCGUGAACCCCGAGACCCUGAGGAGCGACCUGGCGCGCGCGUAGACGGCGGCCGCGGGGACUUCCGGUCCCGACAGGAAACCCCGCCCCUCACUUCCAGUUUUUUAUUUUAUUUUUUUAUUAAAAACGGAAAUAAAGAUCGGGAACGCA